AUGGGUCCAAAUCACAUAAUGAUGAAUAUCGAAGGCGCUUCAUUCAUUUAUGCACCACAAAUAGGAGCCUGCUCGAUGAGUCGAUCGAAUGAGAAUAAAAUUCUUCAGGUUCAAAUUCCAGCCUACGAGGUGAUUUCUCCAUCAACAGCACUUCAACAAAUUUCUGACAAUGAAUUUAUGUCCUUCGCACUUACCUCGAAUAGUGGUAGUAUCUCAGAUCAAAAACUACAACAAUGGUUAGAAGCUAAUGUCGUAGUUGCUGACGCAUCAUCAACUCCAACGAUGGAAGAGCUUCAGACGCCACUAGUUGAAAAUUGGAUGGAUGAAUCUUUGUUCACUAAUAACGAUAAUUCGGGCGAUGUAAUGUUACCGAGUCCCACUGAGGCUAAAUGUCUCUCACCAAAUGGUUUGGAUUCGCCGGUGGACAGCAGUUUCGGCGGUAGCAAUGAUAUGGAUAGUCCUCAAUUAAUAAACAGUUCCUCUUUUGAUGACGCUAUCCUAAUGGACGACUCCCUUUCUUCAUUGGAUUUCCUGAUGGGUCCAGAGACUGGAUUCGCAACUUUAUCCGACGGUAAUACACUUACACUAGUUUCUCCGAGUCAAAUGCAAUGUCAACAACUUCUCCCACGUCGUAGAUCCUCUCCAGCAAUCAAACAGGAAGAUUGCAUUGACAUGUAUAUCAAGCUCGAACAAGCUGAACAUCGUAUAUCACAUGCUUCCGAUAUUAAUGAGGAUAACAAUGAUGACUGCAAAUCUUCAUCAAUCCGUCUGAUUAAAGAAGAAAAAUCUGGGAACAACUUCUCUUCCGCUUCACCAUUGCAAGCAGGUGUGCUUCAAGUAGCGACAACUACAAAUCAAUCUGCUAACGUCGAAGUUGCUACACCUCAAAAACAAAGAUCAUCAUCAGGCAAGAAACAUACCAGUAACAAACCACCUCGUCAACUCGAAUGUUAUAAUUGUGGCGUGAAUAAAACACCACUUUGGCGCAGAACGCCUGAUCGCAUGCACUCCUUGUGCAAUGCUUGUGGGCUUUACUAUAAACAAUAUAAUACUCACCGUCCGUUGCAUAUUAGAAAUAAACCUAGCGCAACAACUGGCCCGUACAAUUUGUCAACGUCCAGAAAAAAUUCCGCUAAUACAUCUCAAUCAUCAGAACAACUGGCUCGUGAAAAUCAAGAAGAAUCAGCAGAUCAACAAUCAUCAGAGUCUUCAUCCAACGAAACUCCCAUACGUUGUGUAAAUUGUGCUCAAACUCAAACUCCAUUAUGGCGCAAGAAUGAAAAAGGCCAACCAAUUUGUAAUGCAUGUGGCCUCUACGCUAAAUUGCAUAAUCGAGAUCGACCGGUCGCUAUGCGCAAAGCAAAAAUUCAACGCCGUCGUCGUGAUUGGGAAGGAUCUUCCGAUUCCGGUUCAAUAAGUCCAACAUCCCCACAACAAAUGCCUCUUUCCAUUCAAACUAUUUUACCUGUUCAGCGUCCAAUCAUGCCAUUAAUGGUCAGUCAGACUCAUAUCGCUCCAAAUCAACUUGCAAUUAUUUCGGCUGCUGCUGCUCAACAACAUCAGCAGCAACAUUUUAUAUCAUCGGGUGGCGUCACUACUGCAUUCAUGCCAUCGCAAUUCGAUUUUGAUGAUUCACGAUUCAAGACAUUAGUUGGCAAAAUGAAUAGAAAGCAAGUUGAAAGUUUCUUGUCAGUUUUAGAAAGAAGGUGUGACAUUCUAAAACAGGUUCUUGAUGAAUCUGAAGAAUCUUAA